CUGUUUUGGUGUUCACUUUUUUUUUUAUUUUUUGCUCGUGGCUCUAUAAAAGCCGUUUGCUUGGAGCUUGUACUCUGACUCUCCCUGCUUCACCAUCUCCUUCUUUCCUUGGAUCUCUCUGUCUCUCUCUCAAUUUUUCCUCUGUUUGGAUAGAGAGAAAGCUUUUAAGUACCGAAGAAGCGGAGAAAACUGCAAUGGCGGUUUCCAAGAAAUGGUUUUUAGCUUCUUUAGCUGUUCUGUUUUUGUUUCUUGUUGGAGCAAUGGCCACUGUACAGACCAACAACGAUUCCAGCACUGUGGAGAUAGAGAAGCUGCAGAACUCAAAAAACUCAACAAUGGCAACUAGGUCAGAAGAGGUUAAGGCCUUGAAUGAACAUGCUGUGGCUGAUCCAGAGGCCGUAGCAGCCGAGGUUGAGACCAUCAUUGACAUGAAUAUUCGAAAUGCGACGGAAAGGAGGAAGUUGGGUUUCUUCUCGUGCGGAACUGGUAAUCCCAUUGAUGAUUGCUGGCGUUGUGACCCCAACUGGCAGAAGAACCGGAAGAGACUUGCUGACUGUGGCAUUGGUUUUGGAAGGAAUGCAAUUGGGGGGCGUGAUGGACGCUUCUACGUUGUCACUGACUCUAAUGAUGAUGACCCUGUUAACCCCAAACCUGGGACCUUGCGCCAUGCUGUGAUCCAGGAACAACCACUUUGGAUUGUGUUCAAGAGGGACAUGGUUAUUAAGUUGAAGCAGGAGUUGCUGGUCAACAGCUUUAAGACCAUUGAUGGUCGUGGGGUGAAUGUCCAUAUUGCUAAUGGGGCAUGUAUCACAAUUCAAUACGUUACCAAUGUCAUUGUUCAUGGUCUUCAUAUUCAUGACUGUAAGCCCACUGGCAAUGCCAUGGUUAGAAGCUCACCCACUCACUUCGGGUGGAGGACAAUGGCUGAUGGUGAUGCAAUCUCCAUCUUUGGGUCAAGCCACGUUUGGGUUGAUCACAAUUCUCUUUCUAAUUGUGCUGAUGGUCUUGUUGAUGCUGUCAUGGGGUCAACUGCCAUUACCAUCUCCAACAAUCACCUCACCCACCACAAUGAGGUGAUGUUGCUGGGUCACAGUGACUCUUACACAAGGGACAAGCAGAUGCAAGUGACCAUUGCCUACAACCAUUUCGGAGAGGGACUUAUCCAGAGAAUGCCAAGGUGUAGGCAUGGGUAUUUCCAUGUGGUAAACAAUGACUACACUCAUUGGGAAAUGUAUGCUAUUGGGGGAAGUGCAAAUCCUACCAUAAACAGCCAGGGUAACAGAUACGCAGCUCCAAGAAACCCGUUUGCAAAGGAGGUGACCAAGAGAGUGGACACAGCUGAAAGCCACUGGAAGAGCUGGAACUGGAGGUCGGAAGGAGAUUUGCUGCUGAAUGGCGCAUAUUUCACUCCAUCUGGAGCCGGAGCCUCAGCAAGCUAUGCCAGGGCCUCAAGCUUGGGAGCCAAGUCCUCCUCCAUGGUUGGAUCCAUGACUUCCAAUGCUGGAGCUCUACCCUGCCGAAGAGGCAGGCAAUGCUAGAUAGUAUAUCCCCCACCCAAUCAAUUAAAAUGGUUGAAAAGCCAGCCAUUUACUAGCUCUUUCCCAUCAUUCAAAAAGCACUACCAAUCAAAUAUCCAUAUUCUCUGUAGUCUAUCCUCCCCAUCUACCAGCAUCAUCGCAUAUUCUGAUUUUAAGUGUAAAUUUAUUUAUUUUUACACAUUGUCAUUAUUUUGUCCUACCCACUCUACUCAUUUUGUUUGUCAAUCUGUGCAACCUGCUUCAACUCUAGUGAACUAAAAAAUCCAUCUUAAGAGCAGGUACGCAAGCGUUGUCCUUGGUUCCCUUUUCCUUUUUUGCCCCCUUUGAAGUUUUCUGGUCUUCCUCAGCCUCCCAUCCGCGUCAAUCUUGGUCACUACCUACACUUUGGUCUUGUGGGUUUAUAGGACUUUUACUGAUUUGGUGAACUUUAUUUUAUUUGUGUCUAGUCAUACAAGCAAUAGUAUGAGCGUCAAAGUUUGGAGUUAUUGAAAGACUUUGUUACAGAGAUGAUGUAUAGUCAAUAGCAGUGAUGUUUACCUUUUACUUUUCUUCGCUUUUUCUUUCUUAAUGGAAGCGAUCUUUUUUACUUUUAUUA